ACAACCUAUUUGGUCUAAUGAGGCCUUGUUGAGCCCUGAUAGGCUUGCUGGGGAUAAAACCUGGGGCUUGGACGAGGAGAGGGACAUUUGGGAGAGAGAUGGCGAGAGGGACGGUGGCCACAUACCUACAUGGAGUCCUUCUCCUGGCUCUGUGGAAACCAUCACUGCAAGGAGGUGUAUACAUACCUGCCGGAGCUGGUGGAGGAGUUGGAGCUGGCUUAGGAGCAGGUGCAGGACCUGGAACUGGAUUUGGACCAGGAGGUACUGGAACAGGAUUUGGUCCUGGAGGAACAGGGACUGGAUUUCAACCUGGUGGAGGAGCUGGACCAGGAGGAGCUGGUGCUGGUCUAGGGAGUUUUGGACCAGGAGGUGGAGGGGGCUAUGGUGGUCAAGGACCAGGAGGAGUUGGACCGGGAGGAGUCGGACCAGGAGGUGUUGGACCGGGAGGAGUCGGACCAGGAGGGCUCGGACCAGGAGGCGUUGUACCUGGAGGAGUUGGACCAGGAGGAGUCGGACCGGGAGGGGUCGGACCAGGGGGUGUUGGACCUGGAGGAGUCGGACCAGGGGGUGUUGGACCUGGAGGAGUUGGACCAGGAGGGUUCAGGCCCAGCACCUUUGGUCCAGGCGGACUGGGAGUCGUACCUGGAGGUGUCAGCGCUGGUGGAAAGCCUCCAAAAACAGGUGGCUACGGUGGUCGUGGAGGAAUAACUGGAGGGUUUGGAGCAGGACAGGGAGCUGGAGGUGUGGGAGGAGGACUGGGACUGGGCGGUCCUGUGUCAGGUGGCUUCGGACCAGGUGGUGUCGGGCCCGGAGGCUACGGAACUGGGCCUGGAGGAGUUGGACCAGGAUAUGGAGGCCUUGGGGCAGGAGGUUUGGGUGGGGGAACGCUUGGAGCAGGAGGCCUCGGGACUGGCAGAGGUCAGGGAGCUGGAGGGCUGGGUGCUGGAACAGGUUACGGACCUGGAGGAGGAUAUGGGGGCUUCGGAGGUGGUUAUGGACCAGGUGGUGUUAGUCAAUACCCAGGAACUGGUGGAAUUGGUCCUAAGCCUCCUAAAACAAGUGGGGCUGGAACAUCACUUGGAGGAACAGGUUAUGGGCCUGGUGGUGCAGGGGUUGGGCCUGGUGGAGCAGGAGUUGGGCCUGGUGGUGCAGGGUUUGGGCCUGGUGGUGCAGGGUUUGGGCCUGGUGGUGCAGGGUUUGGGCCUGGUGGUACAGGAUUUGGGCCUGGUGGAACAGGAUUUGGGCCUGGUGGAGCAGGAGUUGGGCCUGGUGGUGCGGGAGUUGGACCUGGUGGUGCGGGAGUUGGGCCUGGUGGAACGGGAGUUGGGCCUGGUGGAGCAGGAGUUGGUCCUGGUGGUGCAGGAGUUGGACCUGGUGGAGCAGGAGUUGGACCUGGUGGAGCAGGAUUUGGGCCUGGUGGUGCAGGAGUUGGGCCUGGUGGAGUUCCGUUUCUUCCACAGACUGGUACUACCGGGCUAGGACCUGGAGGGAAAAGUGGUGGUAAAGCAUCAAAACAGGUUCCAGGAAUUGGGGUGCCUGGGCUCUACCAAGGUGGUCUUGUACCGGGCCAAGGUUUUGGAGGCCGUGGUGUUCUCCCUGGAGUGGCCACAGGAUCUGGACUUGGGCCCCAGACUGGGGCUGGAGUACUUGGCCAGGGGGGUACUGGACCAGGAGGAGCAGGCAAUGGUCGUGGACAGCUAUUGCCAGGGGUUUUUCGUGGCUACCCUCUCAUAUCACCAAAAUCAGGGGCAGGCAAAUCAAAGAAUCCAGCCAAAGCUGCAGCUAAAUACGGUGGAGCUGGAGCUGGAGGAGGUGCACUUGGUCAAGGUGGCGCUUUAGGGGUUGGCGCUGGAAGGCUCCCUGGAGGAGGGCCAGGGGUCACACCUGGAUUUGGAGGUGGAGUUGGAACAGGAGGUGGACCUGGGGCUGUACCUGGAUUUGGAGGUGGAGUUGGAACAGGAGUUGGACCUGGAACUGUACCUGGAUUUGGAGGUGGAGUUGGAACAGGAGUUGGACCUGGAACUGUACCUGGAUUUGGAGGUGGAGUUGGAACAGGUGGUGGUCCUGGAGUAGCCAGCGGCAUACCUGGUUUGGGUUUCGGCCCUGGCUCAGCCAAAGCACGCAAAUAUGGUCAACCAGGUGGUAUAGGCACUGGUGUAGCUGGAGGCCUUGGAGGAGGAGGACCAGGUGGAGGAGCUGGAGUUGGCCUCAGCACAGGACUGGGGCCUGGCACUGGCAUUGGGACAGGUGGGCCAGGAGGUGGCUAUGGUUUUGGUCCAGGUGGUGUAGGCACUGUUGCAACUGGAGGCCUUGGAGGUGGAGUACCAGGAGGAGGAGUUGGCUUCGGCACAGGUGUGGGGCCUGGCUCUGGGGUUGGUUUUGGUCCAGGUGGUGCUGGCACUGGGCCAGGUGGCAUUGGUCCUGGUGGCGCUGGUGCUGGCCCCGGAGGAGCUGGUUAUGGUCCCGGUAGAACUGGGUACGGACCUGGUGGCACUGGAACAGGAUUAGGAGGAGCAGGAACAGGCCCUGGAGGGUAUGAUGCCAGUGCCAAAGCUCGUAAAUAUGGCAUGUUAAGCGGAGCACUUGGAGGUACAGGAACAAGUACUGGUGGAGUCAGGCCUGGUGGUGCUGUUACUGCUGUUGGACCUGGUGGAGUUGGACCUGGUGGUGCUGGUACUGGUGUUGGACCAGGUGGAGUUGGACCUGGUGGUGCUGGUACAGGCUAUGGACCUGGGGUUGGAGUUGGACCUGGUGGUGUUGGUACAGGAUAUGGGCCUGGUGGAGUUGGACCAGGAGGUGUUGGCACAGGCUUCGGACCAGGUGGAGUUGGACCUGGCAGUGUUGCUACAGGCUAUGGACCAGGUGGUGUUGGGCCAGGUGGUACUGGUACUGGCUAUGGACCUGGAGGAGGAGUUGGACCUGGUGGUGCUGGCUAUGGACCUGGAGGUUAUGCUGGUGCCAAAGCCCGCAAAUAUGGUCUGCCUGGAGGUGUUGGAGGUGCCCUAGGGGCAGGGGGACUUGGUGUCGGAGUUGGUCCAGGUUCUGGGCUCGGAGUAGGGGGAGGGGUCCCAGGAAGAGGUGUUGGACUAACGACUGGUGGUGGACCUGGAGCAGGAUUGGGAACCAGUGGGAUACCUGGUUCUGGUGUUGUAACGGGAGGUGGACCAGGAGGCUUUGGACCAGGCAGUGCUGGAGGAUAUCCUGGGGGACCCAAGUCUCUCAAAUACGGGCUUCCUGGUGGUGGCGGAGCUCCAGGAUCUGGUCUGAAUGGAAGAUUUGGUGGCCCAGCAGCAGGUGGGUAUGGCCCUGGGACCGGAGGAGCACUUGGGACUGGAAGACCAGGAUUUGGACCUGGUGGUUUUGGGCCUGGCGGAUAUGGGCCUGGAGUUGGAGCUGUGCCUGGUACUGGUUAUGGACCAGGGGCUGGAUAUGGAACAGGCUAUGGAGCUGGAUUAAAACCUGCUAAAUACGGUUAUGGUACACCUGGAUCUAAAGCUGCUAAGUACGGGCAACCUGGUGGAGUUACACCUGGUGUAGGAACAGGGACUGGCACUGAUGCUUCAGUCAAUGGCACCAGCACUGGCAGUGGCACAGGGACAACAGCUGGACCCAGUGGAGGACGACUUGGAGGAGCAGGAAGCACACAAGCUCCAGCAUCAGAAGGUGAUAGUGCCACUGGCAGUGUGAUAGAAGGGUCUGGAAGUCCUGGAGUUGAAGGAGGUACUAGCUCAGCCGGCAGACCAGUGGGAACAGGCCGUGAUGGGGAAGGCUUGAGUGGGACAGGAAUCCCCAUCCUUGCAGCAAAACCAGGACUCAAUGGGACUGACGUUCCAGGUUCUGGUGGUGACCUGUCAAGUGGGACACUGCCUGGAGCCAGACCUCUCAAACCCCCAGGUGUCCCCAGAGGUGACACACCAGGUGAAGGAGAUGGAGAGGGAGGUCCUGAUGGUGAGAGAGUUGGUACAAGAGUCACAGGCGGAGGACCGGGAGGAGUAGGAGGAGGUCCUACCAGUGCAGCAGGAGUAGGUGGAGUUUCAGGUGGUGUAACAGGUGUGGGAAGAGGAGACAGUCCUGCGGCUGGAACUGGAGUUGGACCAGAAGGUGCAACUGGUGGAGUUGGGGGAACACCAAAACCACCCAAAGCAUACAGACCUGAUGGGACUGUGGCAGGAGGUGUAAGUGGUGGACCUGGAGGAGUUGGAGCCGGUCCUGGGGGAGUCGGUGCUGGUCCUGGUGGAGUUGGAGCUGGUCCUGGUGGAGUUGGAGCUGGUCCUGGAGGAGUUGGAGCUGGUCCUGGGGGAAUUGGAGUCGGUCCUGGGGGAGUCGGAGCUGGUCCAGGAGGAGUUGGAGUGGGUCCUGGAGGAGUUGGAGUGGGUCCUGGAGGAGUUGGAGUUGGUCCUGGGGGAGCAGGCUUGGUACCUGGGGCUGGUGGGGCCAGUGGAGUAGGAACAGGAGCCCUUAAACCUGGAAAAAGCUAUGGUGCUGGUGGAGCCGGAGUUUUACCAGGUGGAGGUAUACGUUACCCAACUGGAGCUGGAGUAGGACAGGGAACAGGAAAACUGGGCAAAGCAUAUGGAACUCUAGGAGCAGGAGGCCUAGGUGGAGUCGGACAUGGUGGCUAUGGUACUGGCCCAGGAGGUUAUGGUGCAGGACCUGGAGGUUACGGGGCUGGCCCGGGCGGCUAUGGUGCUGUGCCUGGUGGAUAUGGAGCUGGGCCUGGAGGAUAUGGAGCCAGAGGCAUUGGUGGUGGUCCUGGGGGUGCUGGAACGCUCGGAGUUGGAGGGGGUGGAAUUGGUCCUGGAGGUACAGGUGGAGGCGUAGGAGGAGGAGUAGGCCCUGGUGGAAUUGGCGGUGGACUGGGGGGAUACGGUGGUGGUGUGGGUCCUGGUGGUUCAAGAUAUGGCACAGGUCCAGGACUGGGCACCGGCACUGGCAAACCACCAAAAAGUUAUGGAGCAGGAGCUGAUGGUACUCGGGUUGGGCCUGGUGGCUAUGGGACUGGACCAGGUGGAAUUGGUUCUGGUCCAGGAGGUUUUGGCCCUGGUGCUGGUAGUUAUGGAACUGGUGGCACUGGACCAGGUGGUUAUGGGCCCAGCAGUGCCGGGACAGGACUCGGUGGAGUCGGAGCCAGGCCAGGUGGUUUUGGGCCAGGUGGUGUUGGACCCGGUGGUGUUGGCACAGGACCAGGCAGCUAUGGACCUGGUGGAGCAGGGGCAAUUCCUGGUGUUUACACUGCUGCAGGUCAAGGACUGGGGACAAGAAAGCCACCCAAAACAGGCUACGGAUCAUCCUCACUGGGUGGAGCUCAAGGGGUUGUACCUGGUGGGACAGGCACUGGACCUGGCAGAUAUGGGCCUGGAGGCGUUGGACCUGGUGGUGUGGGCACAGGAACAGGAGGCUUUGGACCUGGUGGUGUUGGCACAGGAACUGGAGGCUUUGGACCUGGUGGUGUUGGCACAGGAACCGGAGGCUUUGGACCUGGUGGUUUUGGCACAGGAACAGGAGGCUUUGGACCAGGUGGUGUUGGCACAGGAACAGGAGGCUUUGGACCUGGUGGUGUUGGCACAGGAACAGGAGGCCUUGGACCAGGUGGUGUUGGCACAGGAACAGGAGGUUUCGGACCAGGUGGCAUUGGAACAGGGACAGGAGGCUUUGGACCAGCAGGGCAAGGAUUAGGAAAACAAAAACCUUCUAAAACUGCAGGAGCAUUAGGAGGACGUGCAGGGGCUGGUCCUGGUGGAGUCGGAGCUGGACCUGGAGGCGCUGGCCCUGGAGGAUAUGGUCCAGCUGGAACUGGAACUGGUCCUUUUGGUUAUGGGCCUGGGGGUGCUGGACCUGGUGGUUAUGGCCCAGGAGGAGCUGGACCUGGUGGUUAUGGCCCCGGAGGUGCUGGAACUGGAGGCUAUGGCCCAGGAGGACCUGGAAUUGGACCUGGAAUUGGACCUGGGGGUUUUAGACCAGGUGGGGCUGGAGGAUAUGGACCUGGUGGCCAAGCACUUGGGACAAGGAAGCCUUCUAAAUCAGGUUAUGGCUCGUCAUUGGGUGGAACUGGCUAUGGACCAGGCGGUGGAGUAGGAAGGCUUCCUGGUGUGGGAACAGGAGGAAUCACUGGAGGUGGCACAGGCAGUGUAGCAGGAGGAACAGGGGCAGGAGGUCCUGCAGGAACAGGCCUGGGAGUAGGUGUGGGCGGCUUACCAGCAGGAGGUGCUGGCCCGGGCUUUGGUGGGACAGCUGGUGGAGGCUACCCAGGAUAUGCAGGAGCCGGGCAAAAAUCUAAGGCACAGAAGGCAGCCAAAUAUGCAGCCAUGCAGGCCUUACUGGGAGCUGGGGGCUACAGAGGUGCUGGCUGUCAGGGUAAAUUCUGUGGCCGAAGGAGGAAGUGAGAGACCAACAGACAGGAAGUGACCUCAUUAAAACAACAGUGGUGCUACUGCAUGAUCCCAGGCUGUAAAUGUCUAGUCUGCCAAAGAAGCUAAAGCUUCAACACAUUCCACAUGUUACCUUUUUUCUUUUACUUUGAUUUUAUACAAAGGUCUCUUUCAAAAAGAGCAAUGGUUCUCAACCUGUUAGUGUUGUGAUUCCUUAAGGCAAUGCCUCUGUUGCAGGCUGUUGUUUUCCUGAGUAAUUCAGCAAUGGUCAAAGAAUUAAAAAUAACUACUAUUUCACUAGAAGAAGCACAAGUUAAACCAAGUCUGUACGGGGAAACAUUUGUUUCAAUAGGAAUUUUUUUUCCCCUCAUGAAUCACCUGGCAAAUUUCUGAGAACCCUGACUACCAGGCUGAGAACCACUGAAAUAAAGGAAGCAGAUUUCUUUUUAACUGUAAGACCAAGUUGUGCUAUAAUACAGUUUUUGCUUAUUGUUGUUGUUGCUGCACUGAACAUCAUUUAUGUUCCUGUGCAAGUAUCACCAUGAAUCCUCUGGGUGAAUACCAAGGACUCCCUCAGGGCAGCUCCUUCAGACCUGUCUGUAUGCUGACACAACAUUAAAAAAAAAAACUUUUCCUAGUCCACAUUUUUCUCCAGUUCAACAGGGUUUCCCUGAGGUCUGCAGAGUGUAAUGUCUGAUUCACUAAUUUUUAGCUUUGUGUACAGACAGAAACAGACGGUUGCUAUUUUGGAGAACUGUGAACAAAAGGGACUCAUAGUGGAAUUUCUCAUGGUGUGGUGUUCUGACCAGCCAUUAUCUGAUCCCUGAAAAGCAGUCUGUGUCCAUGUCAACUGUGCUAAGGCCUCGGCAGUAACAACAAAUGUGGAGGAUGAAGGUCCUCAGCCGUUAACACUUGUGAAAUUCUUCCACUCCAUUCACAACACUAAAGGCACUGUUUUAUAGCUACAUAACACUUAUUGGUAUACAUGUAAAGUUUUGGUUAACAUGCAUCUUUUUUUUUUCAUUAAUAGAAGAAUGUAUUUGUUAUGAUGAUAUUCUGAUGUGGCUUAUAUUUGACUUUUACACUUGCUGUUACGGAAAGCAUUAAAACUAAUUGUGAGGUAAUAUGAUCUGAAUGCGUGAUGCAUUUAAAUGACAUCUGAGGAGCGCUGAUUACUGUUUUUCUCUUUUUGAUUUACCUCCUUUAACACUGUUGUUCACGUUUACUAGUCGUGUUAAAUUAUGCUGAGAAAAAGCAGAAAAAGCUACGUUCCUUAACUAUUUAGUCUCAUUUUACAAAUUCAAGUGAAUUAAUUCAGUAUUAAGUGUUUGAGUUAUUUGGUGUGUGUGUGAGUUUUAACAGUUUUUUGAGCUAUGUAGUACUAGUGCUUUGUUUUCUACAUUGUCCUUGAAUAUGUGCUGAAUCACACUGUAGUCUGUGAUAUCAUUAGGAUUGAAAAAAGUGUAACUGAAUCUCAUCUUGCAUUUGAGCUUCCAGUUGUGUCUCUGUCAUGUAGCUCAAUGUGUGUUUUUAACAGCUGUGUUUUUUUUAUGUGGCCUAUGAAGAAAACUGUGCACUUUUGUACACUUUCUGAAAAUGCUCUCUAAAAUAAAGAAAUGAC